GUAGCUGUAGCGUUACUACCCCUUCAAAACACCAUAAAUCCACCAUCAGCUCAUACACGCACUCCCAAGAACCAGUGAAACUGAUCUCAUAUCCUCUACAUACUCAUCGUCUCAGACAAUCCUCCGAUCUUCAUCAGAUUCCAACGUAACAAUGGCCCCCGAGAGCGCGGAUAGCAACAAACCCCAAACCCUCAACCCCUCCACAAUACCAACCCCACCCCCAACCUACUCCCAACUCUCCAUAACCCCGCUCCUCCCGACCUCGCAUCUCAUCACCCUCGCCGGGCAAGUCGGUCUCUCACCCACAACCCACACCGUCCCCUCCUCCUUCGAAUCGCAAGUCGUUCUCGCGUACGAAAAUGUGCUCAAUGGGCUUCGCGCCGCCAACGCCACGCCCCGCGAUAUCAUAUUCGUGCGACACUAUAUCGUCAAGGAUACGGGGAGAGUUGGGGUCGAGAGCGAAGAGGAACUGACGAGGGUGUGGGGGAGGAUGUGGAUGGAGUUUAUGGAUAAAGAGGGGGACGGGCAUCGACCUCCUGAUACGGUUUUGGGAGUUCCGGCGCUGGCGACAAAGGAGUUGAUGUAUGAGUGCGAGGUUGUGGCGGUUGUUCACCGGUGAUUU